UUCAUAUGUUAAAUUCAUACGUUUGCUUAGGUCGUGAUAUAUGAAAUGGAAAAUUAUAUGGAGUAUGCGAACUUGGAGGAGCAAAAUGUGUUUCAACGUUAUGUUAAUAAAUGUAAAUUAUUUUACGGAAUGACAAUGAGUGUACUGACUGUAACUUUGAUUGCUAUGAUCUUUGGACCGUUGCUGCUAUCGCAACCUUUUCCAAUCGAAGUAGAAUAUCCAUUUUACGUGGACGUACAACCGAUAAAGACAAUCAUUUAUUUGCAUCACGUAAUGGCCGUAUAUCAAAGUUACGUGCAAGUAUGUGGUAACAUCUUCAUAGCUCUUUUGCUUUGGUUCGUAGCGGCAAGAUUUGAGAUUUUGUGCCACAAUUUUCGAAAAGUUACAAAUAUCUCAGAAUUUCUCAUGUGCGUAGAGCUGCAUCAACAUUUAUUACGAUACGCGAAGGAUGUUACUAUGACAGUUCGAUAUAUAGCAUUGACAUCAAUAGUGUUUAGCACUGUAGCAGUAGUAUUUAGUGGUCUUACUUUUUUGAGUCGACAACCAUUAACUAUAAAGGCCCAAUUUUUGACAAUCGGCGCAUCUUCACUUGUAGAAGUUUUCAUCUGCGCGUGGCCAGCUGAUUACAUAUUACGCAUGAGCAAUAAUGUUGGCCACGCUGCAUAUGAUUCAUCAUGGUACAAUAAAGAAAUAAUGUUACAAAAGGAUUUACCUUACCUCAUAAUGCGAUGCCAGCAGCCUGUAACUGUUACUGUUCCAUGUAUGCUACCGACACUUUCACUCAAUUAUUAUGCUUCUUAUUUGUCAACAACGUUUUCCUAUUUGACAACGUUUCGGGCAAUAUUUGCCGUGGAAGAUGGAUUACAAAUAUGAUUGAUUGUAUGUAUUGUGUUUUUUAAUUAAAU